GGGUGGAGCCGGCCGACCGUGCACACGGGGUCCCGGGAACCUACCUGAGUGUUCACCUUCUGGGUGUGAAGUUCGCUGAGGGCGGCCUGCACGGACGCGGUGUUCCGCUCGAUGGUCUUCAGGUGCCGGACCGUGUCCUACGCUUUGUCGAUUUAAGUGUCUUAAGACAAAUGUCUAAGAACCACAAAAAAGACUAGCAGAAUGAAUGAGUAAGAUACCAGGAUGGAGCUGGAGGCCAAAUGCGAUCAUAGAAACCAGCAUUGGAAUGGAGUCUGAAAGGUGUCAAUGUUUCCUUAAAAUAAGGUCUGUAACCAGAGAUAUGAAGCUCCCAGUGCCCCUUAUGAUUCUCUUUUACAUUCUGGUCAACUUGCUCCAAAUUGGUGCAUUAGAGACAUUGAUUGUACCAGAAUUUGUUAGUUUGACAGUUAACACCAUUCAGAAUAUCAAGAUUGCUACAAGUGCUCCUCUGCCAGAGACCUUAGUCAUUAGAUUUGCUGUGACCUUUUCAUCUAAACAAACUAGUAUUGUUGAACUCCCUGAACAAAUUUUAUUGCCCAAGUUUGCAAACUUCUCUUUAUUUACAGUUAGAGGAAUUGAAGUUGGACAAGUCAGUGCUUACCUUUAUUCUAACAGCAGCAAUUUAACCAGGUCUUCAGCACACAUUCACUUUCUGGUACUGCACAGUAGUGCUCUGAAGUUUGUAAAUAAGGUUAUUGGUUGGAUAUACUUCCUGGCAUGGUCCAUCUCUUUCUACCCUCAGGUCAUUGAAAACUGGAGGCGUAAAAGCGUAAUAGGAUUGAACUUUGAUUUUCUGGCACUGAACUUGACUGGUCACUUGGCAUAUGGGGUGUUUAACAUUGGCCUUUUCUGGAUUCCUUGUGUUAAGAAACAAUUUCUUCAGUGUAAUCCAGAGGGAGUGAGCCCAGUGGAAUCAAAUGAUGUCUUUUUUAGUCUCCAUGCCAUCUUAUUAACCUUGAUUACAAUCUUUCAGUGUUGCAUCUAUGAGCGGGGGUCACAGAGGGUGUCCAAGAUUGCUUUGGGAUUUCUUGUAGCGGCUUGGCUACCUGCUGUGAUCUCUCUCAUCCUGGCUGUAAGUGGUCAAGUUACAUGGCUGCAACUUGUCUACUAUUUCUCCUACAUCAAGCUGGGCAUCGUCCUCAUUAAGUAUAUUCCUCAGGUUUACAUGAACUAUCAAAGGGAGAGCACAGUUGGUUGGUGUAUUUGGAACACACUGCUAGACUUGACUGGGGGCAUUUUUAGCCUUCUACAGAUGUUCUUGCAGUCCUACAACAAUGAUGAGUGGAUGUUGAUCUUUGGAGAUCCAACAAAGUUUGGUCUUGGACUGGUAUCCAUAUUGUUUGAUGUCAUUUUCAUGGUUCAACAUUAUAUUCUGUACAGCAAACCCAAAGUCUAAUUCUGUGCAAUAAUAUACCAAACUUCAAUAACUUGGUUUGUACAAAUACACUGGACAGUAAUGAUCUGUAAUAGAACUAUACAAGGCUAUGAUAUAGGAAAGUUAAUAGUUAUUUAACAAAAUCCAGCUUCUAAGCAUCGUUAAAUUCACCUCCUCCACAAUCCACAGUUGAGAAACUUUGUUGAAAUCUGAAGCUCUUAGAAUAAGUGAAUUUUCCGAUGGGUGGAUCCUGCAAAAUAUCAGGUCCAGUUAUAGAUGUUGGUAACUACAAAAGGUGUGGAGGAAUGGAAUGGUAAUUUGUUAUGGGUUACGUUGCUUGGAAUGGUACACCUCUAUUGCACUUGGCUUUUUACAAAUUUUAAUUGCUUUCUCAGUUCUGCUGGGAAUAAACUCUUUAAGUUCCAAUGCAAUUCACCAAUUAACGAUUUACUAGUGUCUGUCAUCUGGAACCCCACACCAUGAAGAGCGCCCCAGAUAAGUUUCCACUGUGGCGAUUCCUUUUUGCACUUCCCCAUCUUUGCCUUGUAAUGACCGGGAUAUUGAACAUGCAACUAGAAUCUCCAAAUUAGCAAUUACGUUCUGCCAACUGUCAGACCAUCUUGAUCAUUGAUUGGUGAACUUUUGUGGAUCCAAAUCCUGUUUGUAAUGGACUUUGAUGUUAACUUGUUGUGAACUCUCAUUCUGUAAAUAAUUGGCUUCAGGCUAAGUGUUUUGUAAUUAUACCAAAAAUGUUUAGAGACUU